AUGAGCCGCCAAACUAGGGUUCAAGCGCCGCCGCCGCCGCCGCCGUAUUCGUGGCCGGCAACGGCUGUUACCAGCGAACCCACGCUGACUCCCGACGUUGCUGCGUCCUAUGGUAUAGCUCCUUCCAUGCAGACCAUGGGCACCUCCACUCCUCCCGGCUAUUGGAGUUCGUCAGGAUCUCCUCCCCUCAUGCCCGUGAAAGAUUUCAGAAGACAAAUAGAAGACAAAUGCACGGCCGCUAUUCGUAUGAUGGCGUAUGGUACCCCUGCUGAUGAGCUGGAUGAUUACUUGAAGAUUGGUGAGAGCACUGCAUUGAAGUGUUUGAAGCAUUUCGCAAAAGGGGUGAUCGCCAACUUUGCUGGGCAUUACUUGCGACGCCCCACUUGUGAGGAUGUGGAGCGCUUGCUGCAAGUCGGCGAGUCUCGAGGCUUUCCUGGCAUGUUGGGAAGCCUAGACUGUAUGCACUGGCAGUGGGAGAAUUGCCCGGUUGCUUGGAAAGGACAGUUUACCUGUGGUGACCAUGGUGUCCCUACUCUCAUGCUCGAAGCAGUAGCUUCGUAUGACCUUUGGAUAUGGCAUGCCUUUUUUGGCGUUGCUGGUUCCAAUAAUGACAUAAAUGUGCUCAACCAGUCCCCAUUGUUCAUUGAGGAGUUGAAGGGGGAAGCUCCUCGUGUGCAGUAUACUGUCAAUGAGAGGCGGUACAAUACUGGCUACUAUCUUGUGGAUGGCAUAUACCCAGAAUGGGCUGCCUUCGUCAAGACAAUUCCACUCCCCCAAACAGAAAAGGACAAGCGGUUUGCACAACUUCAAGAAGGAGCUAGGAAGGAUAUUGAACGUGCAUUCGGGGUCUUGCAAUCUCGCUUCUCCAUUGUGCGUCGUCCAGCACGAUUAUGGUCGCGAGCAUCUAUUGGAAAUAUUAUGAAAGCAUGCAUCAUUCUUCACAAUAUGAUAGUUGAAGAUGAGAGGGAAAUGGUCACCACUCCUCUUGACUUGAAUGAGACUCCGGGGUCAUCAGUUGUGUUACCUCCAGAAAUGAAGGUAGGUGGUAACACAUGCUUUGCUGAUGUUCUUCGUAGAAAUGCUGGAAUUCGUGAUCGCUCAACACAUACGCAACUCAAGAGGGACUUGGUUGAGCACAUUUGGAAGAGAUUUGGCAAUUAG